CGGCUGGGCUGAGUUCCCCCUGCGCCCGCGGCCGGCUUGGAUGCUCCGGGGCGCAGAGCCCAGGAUGGCGGAGGCGCAGGAGCAGUGUUGUCUUCCUCAAAAGUUCUUAAGUAAUUGAACAUGGCACUUGGAUUUGAGGGUAUAUCUCCUGCAUUUGAAGUUUGUUGUUAUAGUGAUAGUUCUGGAUGGGAACAUCAUCAAGGACCUUGGAAAAUAUAUUCUGUUUAUGAUAUCCUGGAUAUGGGAACUCGUCACCACACUGUGACAAAAGCAGAAGUUCCUGAUCAUAUCCUUUACAUUACUGGAACCUGUGUUCUUAUAAUUGGAUCUGUUGGAGUUAUAGGAAACCUUUUAGUUCUCUAUGCAUUUUACAGCAACAAGAAGCUGAGGACACCGCCAAACUACUUUAUAAUGAAUUUGGCUGUGAGUGACUUCCUGAUGUCUGCUUCACAGGCCCCCAUUUGCUUUAUCAACAGUUUGCACAAAGAGUGGAUACUUGGAGAAAUAGGUUGUGACCUGUAUGCUUUUUGCGGGGCGCUCUUUGGAAUAACCUCAAUGAUGACUUUAUUAGCUAUUUCCAUUGAUCGAUACCUUGUGAUCACUAAGCCUCUGCAAUCCAUGCGGUGGACUUCCAAGAAACACACAUCGCAGAUCAUUGUUAUUGUCUGGCUCUACUCGCUGGGAUGGAGCGUGGCUCCGCUUCUUGGGUGGAGUUCCUAUGUGCCAGAAGGGUUGAUGAUAUCUUGUACAUGGGACUAUGUAACCUAUUCCCCAGCAAACAGAAGUUACACCAUGAUGUUAUGUUGCUGUGUGUUUUUCAUUCCCCUGGUUAUAAUAUUCCAUUGCUAUUUAUUCAUGUUUCUGGCCAUAAGAAGUACUGGCAGGGAUGUUCAGAAGCUAGGGUCCUAUGGUCGUAAAUCCUACCUCUCGCAUUCCAUGAAGAAUGAAUGGAAGCUGGCAAAAAUUGCUUUUGUGGUCAUCGUUGUGUUUGUCUUGUCUUGGUCUCCAUAUGCUUGUGUCACCAUGAUUGCAUGGGCGGGCCAUGGCAACACUCUAACUCCAUAUUCUAAAUCUGUGCCAGCUGUUAUCGCCAAAGCUUCUGCAAUCUACAAUCCUAUCAUCUAUGCAAUAAUUCACCCAAGAUACAGGAAAACCAUUCGCAGUGCUGUUCCAUGCUUGCGAUUUUUCAUACGGAUAUCAAAGAGCGAUCUCUCAUCAGGUUCUAUAAAUGAAUCAUCAUUCAGGGCCUCUGUCUCCAGCCGUCGCUCUUUUGCCUCCAGGAACAAGAGUAGUUGUGUUUCAUCAGUUUCCACUGGAGAAGCAGCUUGGAGUGACGUAGAGCUUGAACCAGUGGAGCCAGUUCAUAAGAAACUGCAGCCUUCCAGAAGUAACUCUUUUUCAUCAUGUCCGAGACAAGAGGAGAAGAGGGAACUGCUUCUGAAGGCCCACAGCUGCAAUGCAAUAACUGAAGAAAAGGUUUUGCUCUCCUCCAGCUACUUGCAGAAGCUGCUUGGGAGGUCAGUCCUACAGAAUUCCCCUAAAGCAAUUGUGACCAGUUCCUUAAAAGCAGCUUCUCUUCCCGUUGGCUUGAACAGCAUCAGCAAAGGAAGAGGCUCAGAUACCUCACAAAGGGAAACUCAAAUAAACAGAGGCCUGGACCCCAUCAUUAGUACUGCAGUCCCACGUAUCAUUGUCAUUCCUACUUCUGAGACCAACCUCAUUGAAGGACAAGAAGAACAUGAAAAUGGAGAGGAGGAAGAGACUGAUUUAUUCCACUUUCGUGGCAAGAAUAAUUUGUUGGGCAUAGACGGGCUUAGCUCUUCCACAGAUUUCCUUGAAGCAUUUGAGAAGUUUCUGUCGUAAGUGUAAAAAAGACAACUUUCUGGUCAUUGUUUUCUUGGCUGCUUCUCCACAUUAUUAUACCAAAUAACUAAAGCCUUCUAGAUUAAAUCUUCAGACUUUUUGUAUAUUUGUAUUAUAGUCACUAGGCAAUCUUUGAAUCCAUCUUUGUUCAGACCACUUCAGACACUGAAACAACCUUUUAGAUGGUGCUGCUAAAAUGAGCAGUGGAAUAUCUGGCAGAAUACUAGAAUGGCAUAUUUCAAGUCAACCUGCCGCUUCAUGGUUUUUAACAUAGAUGGGUGGAUGCCAGCAAAGAAAUAUCUAGCACCCAAUGAAUACUUCUCCCUACCUGGGUGCCCAGGAUGCAGUUUCAUGAUUAAACAUCAUUCCAAUACUAUUAUCUCUAGAAGGCAAUAGUUCCUGGAAUGUCAUCACAGGAUAAGCUAUGUAGUGUCUGCAUACACCAAGAUUUGUUCUUGACGGUAUGAACUUCAGAAGCACUACUGCCCAAAAUUAUGGCAGGCAGUAUAGCAGCACCCACUGAGUUGAUUAGUAAUGUGGACACCCUGUACCAGUCUCUCUUGCAAAUCUCUGUACAACCUCACAAUCAGAAGCAUCUAUAUCUUUUUGACAAGUCUUUUAUUUUCUAGUAGAAAGUUUUCUGGACUAGCUAGAUGAAUGGAUCACUCAAUACAAAAGUGAUUAUUUGUUUAGAAGAUAAUAAGGGUAAGCAAGAGAGGCUUGGAUUUCAGCUGAGUAUUAGGACAGCCACCAUGCCCAUUCAGCAGAUUACUGACAGGAUUAGAGGUGUUAUACUGCCCCAAAAACAAAUUUUAAAGGCAUUUUAGAGUAUCUUGGGGUGCACAGUAUUGUUUAAGCAUGUGUGAACUGUAAUGACUCCUAUUCAAAGGGUGGAUUCUCACAAUUGGCUUGAAGACUCAUUGAUGAAAAUAAAACACCAACUGCUACAGUUCAGUUUUCUUGUUGGUGGCGUACAAAGGCGGUGGGCAGGUAUUAAGAGCUUUUUUUCCUCUCAGCUGCCAGUGAGAAAAAGAACAGGGAUGCAUAAACUUUACUGUGAGGACCAACUUUCCGAAGUACCUCAGAUGGACUUCCUACCCCAACCUGAAGAAGAGCUCUGUGUAGCUCGAGAGCUUCUCUUUCUCACAAACAGAAGUUGGUCCAAUAAAAGAUAUUACCUCGCUCACCUUGUCUUCCUAUCCCAACUGUCAUUUCCCAGCUGCCCCAGUGGGGAUUGAGUAUAGUAGCAUAGGGCUAUACCACUGUAAAUGUGGGAUUUACUGCAGGAUGCCAAAUCACAUAUUUACUUGUGGAUAAUGGUUUUGUUUCUUUCAUCUUUGAUUCAUAUUAGUUCCUUGUGUUCAAAAUACCUCCCUAGCUUAGCAUUUUGUUCCUUGUGGUUUUGUUUCUUUCCCCAUUUUUCUUUUUUUAAACAUAUCCUCCAACUCUUUCUCAUUCCGUCUGUCACACCCACAGAUGGGACACACAAUGGACUAAAUUCUGCUCUAUUAUGUGGGUUUAACUCCAUUGAAGAAAAUAGUUACUGGUGUAACAGAACAUAAUUUGUUUAACAGACUUCAGGUCAAGCAAACAGCUGACCUUGAGAAUUUGUUUUCAUAGUCUUCAUAAAAAUGUCCUGUUUUAUUCCAGUGACUGCGUUGUACAUUAAACUGAGAGCAUUUCCCGGUUCUAUGCACACACUAAUAGCUUUUAUGAGCUAUUUCUUGCUUCUUUUUUUCCCCCUCCUGAUGUGGAAACCUUGGAGGCUUCUCUUUUUAAAUGAAAAACAAGCCAAAUCUAGUUUGCAACUGUGUUAACAGUAAGUUAACUAAAGUAUAAACCAAAACUGACCAAUCAAGGUGGGGGCUGGAAUGCAUCCACAAUGGCAUCAUGUAGAAUGAUGCUAGGUGUCAGUAAGAAAUGUUGAGAGACUUGAUGGGAUAGCUGAGGGAACUAGAGAGGUCUCUCUAGCUUCUUUGGUGCAUGUGGUGCUAUCACUGGACACACAGUGCUACCAUGACUUAAAAUAGCAUUGAAUGCAUAGAAUUGAAUGGUAUAAAAUGCUAUUAUGAACUCUCAGGAUACCUUAUUAGUAUUAAUUAUUACUUGUAUUACAGUAGUGUCAAGAUGCCCCAGUCAGGAUCAGGGCCUGAUAGUUCUAGGCGCUAUACAAACACACAUUAAAAGACAGUCCUUGCCCUGCACAGGUUACAAUCUAAACAAACUUGGAAACUGUUUUAACCAGUUAUCAUUAGAAAAUAACCUCCGGAGGAUGCUUUAAAAUAACAUGACAAUAAUUCAUUUUGAAGUUCAUGAUAAUUUGUUAGGAAGUACAUUUGAAGUGCCCAUGACCAUGACUCUUUCUCCACUUCCACGCACCUGGAGCCAGCACUUUCUAGAGGUCAUUCUAGAGUCUCCCUUCCACCAGAAAAGUGGCAUAGAGAUGAACACUGUUGUGGGUGCUGUCUGUCUCUGGAGGUGAUCCAUUACCUUUCUCUGCAAUUCCAUCCCUGAAAAGACUUUAUUCAUUCCAUCGUAGAUGCAGUUCAGACACACCUCAGAUUCCACUGAACUGGCUGGGGCAUCACUGCUACAGAAGAUUCCACGGUUCACCCCAGGAAUUGAAGAUAUCCAGCCAGUUGAGCUGAAAACUAUGACGUUUUCUUGGCGCUGAUACUGGGACAAGUAAGGACAGGGCCGUCCAGGGGUGGCAAGUGGGGCAAUUUGCCCCAGGCCCUGGGCCCCACAGGGGCCCCACGAGCCCUGGCCCAGCGGCAGUCCCAGUCUUAGGUGGGAUUUCGGUAGCGGGGGGCCCUUCAGUCGCUCCCACUCUUCGGCGGCAUUUCUGCGGCGGGGGGCCCUUCAGUGCUGCCAAAGACGCGGAGCGACUGAAGGGCCCUCCCACCGCCGAAAUGCCGCCGAAGACCCGGACCGCCACCGGGUGAGUACAAGUGCCGCAGCUCCCCCGCUUUGCCCCAGGCCCCCUGAAUCUUCUGGGUGGCCCUGAGUAAGGAACCUGGUAGUUUGCUAAAAUGAGUGAGGGGGAAGAGGGCAAGGCCAAAAAGGUCCAACCAUUUAAGGUUUUGGGACACCAAUCUGUAGUAUCCACACUUUUCACCUUCUCUCUUUAGCCCUCCUAGCAUUUUCCCUUAUGAUUUCAUGUUGUCCAUCAUGAUUGUCUUGUCACCUAUCUAUCCAGUGCCUGUCAGCAACUUUGUUCUCCACCCAGUUUAUUCUUUUUCCUGCAGACACGUUAGAGCCAAAUUCUGCCUUCAAUUACACAUGUGCAAUUCCUGGUGAUAACAUUUGGUGGCAGGAGGGACCUAGAUACAGCACAACCAAUGCAGUUCUAUUGUAUGAGGAGGCAGGCUGCUGAAGCCUGUGUAGAGUGUCCACAUUCUCUGCAUACCAAGGAGCAGAGUUCUAUAUGAGAGGGUUUUGGAGGGGAAAUUAUGGGAGAGGAGAGGAGCUAGGACUUACGGAUCCACAAUUACACAGAUCCAGCAGGCCAUUUCUCCUUCCAAAAACCAGGACAGUCAGAAGCAGCUACAAAACAAUCUGUGGGACUGGGGAAAAGCAUUCCUUCAUUGGGAACUCCGUGCACCUAGUUCUCGGAUGGAGGGCCUGAGGUUUGGGGCAUAUAUGUGUAAUAUAAAUACCAGUGAAAUGCAGUGUGUGUGUGGAAGUGGGGAACAGUUGUAAUCCUGUUCUGGUUUUGCCCUUGUAUCUUCUCUAGUUCGUUUCCUGAAACAAUUUGACUAUGCCUGUUGAUUUUAUUAGUGUCAUCUAUGCAAUCAAUAACUUUAUCUCCUUCAGUAUUUAAUAGCCUCCAUUAUUUCUAUCCCGUCUCCAUUGAACAGGUUUUGAAAGUAUCCUCACCGACUCUCACAUUCCUCCAUGGAUUUUACAUGCCCCAUACUUCCUACCCCUUAUUGCCUUGAUUACUGACCAUAACAAUGACCAAUGCAUUCAGUGUUACAAAGUAUAAAAAUGUGAGUGGGGCCAGAUUCUGCUCUCAGGAUUCAAUGAUGUUGUGCCAGAUUUGAACUAAUAUGACUGAGAGCAGAAUGUGGCCCAUUGUUUUCAUCAAGAUAAAGAAAUUGAGAUGUAAAGCAAUAAUAAAAUGAUUCUUAAACAUUCACUCAUCAUAUUGCCUUCUGCUGCUAGCUUACAAAGUGAUUUCACAAUACUUUCUUGCAUAAAUGGCAGCAAUAGUAAUGUGUCUCAGAAAACACGAAGAGUAGUAUUCUUAGAACCUAAUAGGUUUGCAGCAUUAUGAACUGUAAAGUGGAUUUUUAGAUACCACUGAUCUCCGAUAAUACAAAUGUAAAUAUCUAUGUGCAUAUUUUUAACAAGCACCUCUUAUUCUAGGAGAACACUUUUUCAAUUCCUUUAAGAAGGCCCAAUCCUGUGACUACUGAAAUCAGUGCCAAGAUUACUACUGACUUCAGUGGAACCCAGAUAGGGCCCAAAAUGAGUUAAUAUUAAUGGAGUCAUAAAACAUAGUUAUAAAAUUAGUGAUGUCAAAAGACCUGAUACUUCCUGCUAUGUAAUAUUUCAGGAGUAUCAGUCAGAGUAACUGUGUCUUAGGGUGCUUAAAAUAAUUCACAAGAAGACUUUUGUGUACCACUCUGUUUGCACUUUUGGAUUAAGAGCAAUGUACAAAUGUACAAUAUUGACUCAAUCUCCCAUUUUUAGAAAAGAUAUGUAAUACUUUGUGCAAAUAGAUUAAGUAGAGAUGUCCUAACCAUGUUUAGUUGUUGUUGUUGUUUUUUGUUUUUGUUUUAAAGGAAUGGCUGAAGAGAGAGCACAUUCAAGUAAAAGGGACAAACUUUUCAAACUUGGGUUCCAAUCCCUCACACACAGGUACAUUUGUUAAUUGUGCUCAUAUGAGAAGUCGCUUUGAAGUUGAUGGGACCCAUCGCAUGCACUCAUUAAGUACAUGCUGAAGUUUGUGAGAAGCUAAGGCCUUGGCAUCUAAAGUUAGACAUUUCAAUAGGAGUAGCCUGAUUUUCAGCCGUGCUGAGCACCCAGCACUCCCAUUGAUUUCUGUGAAAACUGGUUUCUCGGAAUGUCUGAAAAUCAGACCACUUCUAUUGAGAUCUUCAACUACAGACACCCAAGUUUGAGGAAUCUGACCAAAACCAAUUAAUAACUGUGGCAAUACACUUUGAUCUUAGUCCUGAAUCUUACUAGUAAUUAAUUAGCAAUUGUUUGUUUCUGUGACUUCUCUGUUUAAAACAAAUGUACCAUGUGUGCAUUUUUGCCAAUAGAUCCAUAUGUAACGUAAGGUUUAGACUGCAUUUCCUUUUCCCAUGAAUCAAUGGGCUGCAGAUGGUAGACUUCAUCCUGUUCUAAUUUAAAACAGUGGUAAAAUAAAGGUUUGGAAUAAGAAAUAAGUCCUUAUUUAAAUUCUUUGAAUGCUGAAAUAUUUUUCCCACUGGUUCAGAUGGGGCAAUGGGCAGGGAUUAUAUCAUUGGUUCCCUAUCCUGGAAAGACCUGGAAAAUCUGCAGUCCCAAACCUACUACACCCCCUUAUUUAAAGUGAUACCAACAUAAAAAAAACCCUCAUAGACUA